UUUAAUUAUAACACAACACACAAAUAUAAAACAAAGACUGUGACAGAGCUCCUCACAGUUUACAGUGUUUCGCAGUGAAAACUGACAGUUGUGUGAAGAUGUGGAAGAACUGGAGUGUGUCAUCGACGAGUCGAGAUGAUGAUAAGAGUCGCUCAACAGAAUUUCAGAGAAAAGGAAGCAAACGAAAGAUUCUUAAGACCAAACAGGAGAAGAGAAUCUUGCUGUUGGGAUCACACACAGAUGCCAAAAUGUCCUGUGGAAACAACAUCCUGGAGAGAGAGGUGUUCUCAGAAUCUUCAUCAACCCUACACUUGUAUGAGAAACAUGCUGACACAGUAGUUAACAGACGCCUGAUGGUCAUCAACACUCCUGACCUUCUUGAUCUUGCGCUCUAUUCUGAGGAAUAUUAUGUGAGGAGAUGUUUUCAGUUGUCUUUUCCUGGUCCUCAUGCUCUUCUUCUGGUUCUCAAGCACGGCACGUUCACAUAUCAAGAGAGAGACGCUCUCAAGCUCAUAAACAUCAUCUUUGGUUCAGGUGCAUCAGAGUUUGUGAUUGUCGUGUUCAUGCAUGAAGAUCAGAUGUCUGACAGAACUGAAUACUCUGACUAUGACCACAGAGCCAUGGAGUCUCUAUUACAGACCUGCAGACGACCCCCUCAUCACCUGAAGAAGAAUGGAGACCCAUCACAGGUGCAGAAUCUUCUGGAGAGCAUCGAGAAGAUGGUGGACGACAACAGAGGCUGUUACUUGAAGAUUCCUGAGGAAGUUACCAGAGAUACAGACACAGUCUUCCAAACACCAAAGGCUGUUGGUGGUUGUGAGAAGAGCACCAGUGAAGUGAGGAUUGUGCUGAUUGGAAAAACCGGAGUUGGCAAAAGUGCAACAGGAAACACAAUUCUGGGACGAGGUGACGUGUUUGAGUCUGAAGGCUGCAUGACUUCAGUGACCAAGAGAUGUCAGAGAGAGAGAGGAGAGAUGUGUGGACGUGAAGUGACUGUGGUGGACACACCAGGACUCUUUGACACGAGCUUCAGCAAUGAAGAGAUCCAACUGGAGAUGAUGAGAUGUAUUGAGCUCUGUGCUCCUGGACCUCACGUGUUUCUGCUGGUCAUCGCUGUCGGCCGGUUCACACAAGAAGAGAGAGAAACCCUUCAACUCAUCCAGAUGACGUUUGGACAGAAAGCUCAGAGCUACACUAUAGUAAUAUUCACACAAGGAGACAACCUCGGAGAUAAAAGUAUUGAAGAAUACAUUAAGAAAGGUGAUCCAGAUGUCCAUAAACUGAUCAGUGACUGUGGAGGAAGAUAUCAUGUGUUUAAUAAUAGAGAUAAAGACCCUCAUCAGGUCGAGAGUUUACUGAAGAAGAUUGAUGAGAUGGUGAAGAGUAAUGACGGCACUUUCUACAGUAAUGAAAUGUUCCAGGAGGCUGUAGGAGCUUUUAAACUCAUUCAAGUGUACAAGAAGAAAGAGGAGGAGGUGAAACGACAGAUGAAGGCCAUUAAAGCCAAAUAUGAAGCAGAUAUUCAAGAAUAUAAAGAGAAACUACAGGAGGAGAAAGCAAGAGGGAAAAUUCAAGAACUUCUGCUGAUGUUCAGAGGGAUUUCACUGCCUAAAAAACAUCAUGCAGGAAAACACAGAGAUGAUGAAGAUCAUGAACGGUUACAAUAUACAACCCAUUUGGAGAAAGAUGAAAAACAGAAAAAUCCACUUUUGAAAAAAACACACAUGGACACAGAGGGAACUGCACAUGGAGCAACAGGAGGAGAACAUGAUCAACAUCAGAGGAACAGCAAGAAAACUGGGAAAGGUGGUAACUUCAAAAAAAUCACAUUGAGAAACAAAGACAAAAAACAAAGGCCAACAGUGUUUAUGGGAGAAGAUGAAGCAAAAACAGCAAGUGGAGACCAGAACAGAGAAGAAAUUAACCGCACAGUGAAGGAUCAGAAGAUCAGGAAAGAUUCUGACUCUUUCCGACAAGAUAGACCCGUGAUGAAUGAAGAAAAUGUGAGUGACACAGAGGAAGAACAAGACAUGUAUGUGCCUCAGUUAUCUGAAGAGAUGAGAGAAACAGUGAAGGAUAAAGUUCUUCUUCAGCAGAUGAGAGAAAUGGAGGAACACAUGAAGAAGAUGGUGGAGGAGAUGAGAAUGUACAGAGAGAGCGCUCAGAUGUAUGCUGAAGAACUCAAGAGAAGAGAAGAGACAUAUAAUGAAAAAAUUAACAACUGGCAGAAAGCCCGAAAAAAACAAAGAUGUGUCCUUCAAUAACAGACACACCACUCCCAGUUAUCUGUUUUUGUCAAAAGAGCGCCCUCUCUUGAACGGUUUGUGUAUGAUGAUAAAAUGAUGCCAGUUAUGUGCAGGGUAAAGCCCGUGGUAUGCUUCUUUUUGUAUAUGCACGCGAGCUUACGCGAACAGCCGAACGCACAGCCUUGCAAAGUAUGCUUCCUUUAAAUCAUACACGUACACACGGGUUUUAAUGCAUGCGCAUUAUGACAUAUGGCAACACCUCUUAGAGCCUACAGGGGUCUGUAAAUAGCAUUUAUGCAGGUUCGAGGGUGGCGAAUGAAACAGCAGAACAACAACAACACUUACGUUACGUUAGUUGUGUCCCAAAUGACAUACUAUACACUAUGCACUCAACCAUGAAGUGUAUACAUUUUAGAAGGGUAGUAUCGUCCCAAAUGGAAAUGGUUAUGUACUUACCGGAAGUAUAUCGGUUUCCCAGACGAGCAGAAACGCACGGCACAAUGCGAGUCAAUAUAAUCAGUUUGUACAUUGUACAGUUUCCAUCCGUUUCGCCCAGUAUGACUUCAGUCACCAUCAGAUUGAAACUUUGCUUACGCAGCGUCUGUUAGCCCCGCCUCCCUUCCACUAAGUAAGCGAAACUGCGACCGUUGAGUUUGUGUGAAGUGUCCAGUUACACAGUUAAUAUUUUCGGUUGAAUGAGUGCAUCAUCCAGGUGCUCAAAGUGCACUUAUUUUUUGAGAAUUUUCAAUGUAAACGCAUUAUUCACACUAGUUAUACUACAAAAUGGCGUGGAAUAGUGCAUUGUGUGCAUAAGUACGCACCUCUUAAAUCGACACCCACAGGACACGAUUGCCAUCUGGUGGUUAAACUUAUUACUGUAAGAAAUGGAAUGCGCAUGCGCGACCUGCGCAUACUAUAUACACAAGGUUGUCAGGGAUUGGAAGGCAGAACAAAGGCGCAGACAGCAAGGUGGUGGGAAAACAAUGACAUUAAUAAAUAAAACACAAAGCAUAACCCACGAGGAGGUAAAACAACGAUAACAAAGGAUACAAAUACACAGAUAUGACAGAACACAAUUUACUUAAUUGACUCGACUCGACUCAACGUCAUACAGGGCAAAACGAAUGAGCACAAGACAGCAAACACAAGGGAAUUAUAUAGGAGAAACUAACAAGGGAUAAUUAACAAGGGGCAGGUGUGGGGAAUCAAACACUGAUGGGAAGCUAACGAGGAAAUGAAGGGGCAAACACAUGGCAGGCCAAAACAAACAAUGCCAUGUGUCUCACACAAAACACCGGGGGACUGUCAUGACCCUGCCACAAGACUAGAAAAGCAUGACAAGGUGAGGCAGGAUCAUGACAGAGGUAACAAAAUUCCGGCGGUGAGCGUACUAUUCUGAUGACGAAAUUUGUGUCACAUGCUCUGUAUGCUGUCCCUCACGUAUGUGUAAAAAGAGAACUGUACUUCGACCUUUAGAAUCAUGAAUGUGUACACACAAUUACAAGCAUAAAAUAAAUGUGUGUGUGCAAAGUAAGUUUCGUAAAUAUUUAAGAGGGAGCAUUUUUUUACAGAAAAAUAUUUGUCUUAAACUGUAAAUAUUUGUCUGAAACAGUUUUCAGACUGUUGUAUAUGGUUACAUUUUACAAUGGCAUGCUAAAAUGUAAUUGAACUAGAAUCCUUUAAAUGCAAAUUACCAAUGUGUACACCCAAACUAAAACUACAUGAAAUGUAUAAAACUACAGGUCAUUGACAAUAUUUAGCUCUGAUAGGGUUGUGUAUGAAGCUCGUUCAGUCUGUUAAGCCAUGAUCAGAGUGACUACCUAUAGCAUAAGUGUAAAAGAACACUAUUUACAUGCUCUUUGUUACUAUUGGAUGUGUCUUUUGGGAAAAUGAACAUUAAAUUGCAAAUUUUUAGUAAAUGUUUAAUGUAGCUGACAAUGUAAAUAUGUUUAAUGUUUAAUCUAAUGACAAUGUUUAAUGUAGCUGACAAUGCUUAUUAAUCGUUAAUAAGCAUUGUUGUAUAUGGCUGAUAAGAAAUAAAAUGUUGUUGAGCGCUCUUAUGAAUGAUUUUAGCAGUGGUUACUAAAUUGAAUGAGAUUGGUCAGUGUUUGCAUAUUUAAUUCUGUAUUCUUUUCUGAAGAUUUGUACAGUGGCAGUUCUAGCUUGUAUGGUGCCUGGACGAACACCCCCAGCCGCCACCACUCCCCCACACGAGCAAA